UAUUCGCCAUUCCCUCCUCCCCUCAUUUCAUUUUCUUCCCAUUUGUACAUUUCUCUAAGUAUCUGUCGAUCUCUCUGCCUCUUGCUUGCUCAAAUGGCGGGUUAAUCUUUUGUUUGGCGGGAAUACAAUCAUUUAAUCGAUCAAUCGACGAGGAAAAGAAAUGGAUAAUUCGUAUUCAGAAGAUUUGUGCGGCGUAGAGCCGAACGGGGAUGGAAGAAUUGAUGAUCCGGCGUCGACGAGCUCAUCGUACAAAUUAUUCGACCGUCGGACUAGUGUUCAUCAAAUGGUGGGUGGUGGAAAAGCUGCUGAUGUCAUACUGUGGAGGCGGCGUUGGGUUUCGUGUGGAAUAGUUGUUGUUGCCACUUUUUCGUGGCUGUUAAUUGAACGCUCAGGGAUAUCAUUUUUAUCCCUUUGUUCAGACGUGUUGCUGGUUUUAAUUGUUCUGCUGUUUCUACGGGCGAACUAUGCUGUAUAUAGAAGCAAACAACUUGAAAAUCUACCAGAACUACUUCUAUCAGAAGAAAUGGUAAACAAUGCUGCAGCGUCGUUUCGUGUCAAAGUUAAUUACGUGCUGCUUAUGGCUCAUGACAUCACUCUUGGCAAAGAUUUCCGACUUUUUUUCAAGGUUGUGAUUGCUUUGUGGCUAUUGUCAGUGAUUGGUAGCUUGAUAUCUUUCUUCACGCUCGCGUAUAUAGGGAUCAUUAUUUCUGUUACAGUACCAGCUCUGUACAACAGAUUUGAAGACCAAGUAGAUCGGUGUGCCGGGAUUAUUCAUCGGAAGUUUUCGAAGCAUUAUAAGAUUGUGGACGAAAGUUUGCACAGCAGAUUACCUAGGACUCUGAUCAAAGAUAAAGAUUCUUGAUUUCCUUGUCCAGAUUACACGAUUGAACAAGGAAGUUAGCGGUUUGAUUGUCUGUUUCGGUUCAUUGUUGUGAGUAAUUUCAUUUUUGUUUCACCGUAGAAUCAGACUAUCAAGCGUGUAAAAAAAAGUUGUAUCAUAAUCUGUGAGUAAAAGUGAUUAUUGUGUUUUGUAACUUCAUUCGAGACAUUCGGACCGACAGAUAUUCAGACCAAAUGCAGAUUUUGGUGGGGUUUUCGUGU